GCUCUCGUGCUGCCGAUCAAAGGACAUUGAACAUAGUUCAUACAGUAAAUAUUUGGGUUUUCACUGCGGACUGUGCUGUCUCCAUGGUCGAUGAGAGGAAAGGCUAGUGCAAGGGAGAAUAACCUCAAGGACUGAGCACCAACCCAAAGGAAGGGUUUAGAAUAGCCCGCUUCUGCAAAUAUGGAUGAUCUAAAGCACCAAGUUAUGAUAAAUCAGUUCGUCCUGACUGCUGGAUGCGCGGCAGACCAAGCGAAACAGCUUCUACAAGCGGCACAUUGGCAGUUCGAGACUGCAUUAAGUGCCUUUUUUCAAGAAACCAAUAUUCCAUACAGUCACCAUCAUCAAAUGAUGCACACUCCAGCCAACACACCAGCAACACCUCCCAACUUCCCAGAUGCCCUGGCCAUGUUCUCCCGCCUCAAGGCCUCAGAGAGCUUCAACGGCAGCAGUCCCAUAGCCUCCAUGGCGACCUCUCCUCCUCAGGUCAACUGGGCCAUGGGUCCUUCUGCUCCAGGUCAGACCCAGCAGGGCCUGUGGACUUCUGGGCAGCUGCCCUCUCAGGUGCCUCCCCCUGGGUGGCCCCAAGCCGUCACUCAGCAGGACUCCAGUGAACAGGCCAGCGUCACCAUGGAGGCAGAGAGAUGUCCACCCAGCAUGUCCAGCGACCCACCUCCUCCCUACCCCGGAGGUCCCAGCGCCCCUCUUAUCGAGGAGAAGAAUGGACAGCCAGCUGUUCCGGGCUCGGCGGCCCCUGUAACGACGGGUCCUCCUCAGGGGCCCUCCCUGCCUCCAGACUAUGGCCCUCCACCCUACGAGGCCACGCUACAGCCAGGCUUCUUGCCGCCACACGUCCCAGGAGAUGGGGCCAUGCCCAUACCACAUGGUGGCUUCUACCCUCCGCCAGGUCACUUUGGCCCGGGGCAGUUUGGCCCGGGGCAGUUUGGCCCGGGGCAGUUUGGCCCGGGGCCCAUUCAAUUUGGGCCUGUGGCAGGUCAGACGGCUCACACGGUGCUGGCACCCCCUGGGACAGCUACCACAGUGACCGUGCUACAGGGGGAGAUAUUCCAGACAGCACCCGUACAGACUGUGUGUCACCACUGCCAGCAGCCCAUCAUCACCCGCAUCAACCACAGCGUGGGCCUCAUGAACGCUGUCUUCUGCCUCUUCUGCUUCUUUGUUGGGUGUGAUCUGGGCUGCUGCUUGAUUCCCUGUCUGAUUGAUGAUCUCAAGGAUGUGAUACACACCUGCCCCUACUGCAAGGGCUACAUCUACACAUACAAGCCCAUAGUGGUGGUGCAGAAUGCUAUGGUGCUGGAUUUGAAGAAAGCCAUCCAGAGGUUCAUGGAGCUGAAACAGCAACGGGAGGGUGGGGUAAAGCACGUCAGCUGUCACUAUUUCCUGGAGUACAUAGAGGAGCAUCACAUUUCCCACUGCACAAUCUGGGAGCAACCAGCUCCCAGGAUGUCUGGCUCUUCUGAGCACAGGGAGCUGGAUAGGAUCUCCAUGGAGAUGAACCAACUGUCAUUCAGGAGGCAGCAACUGAUCGACCGCAGGAACAUGCUGACCAUCCUGCAGGAGUUCAGGAACCGCUCCAACAACAAUAGCACAGUAGAGGGAUCCAAGCAGCAGACUGAGAUUCAAUGCAUUGAUCAGGAACUGCAGGAGCUGUCUGAGAAGAAGAGAGCGCUGCAGGAAAACCAAGAUAACAUUCUCCAUUCCAAGGACCAAAGAAAAGAGUGCAUCAUCAGUCAGGGGGGCGUGUCUGUUCUCCCUGACCUCUCUGUUGUCUUUGUUGAAGCUCCACCCUCUAUACCAGCUCCGGAGGUGAUCCUGGACAUCCAGAAACUUCCUCCCUGCUCAUCUCAGACCCAGUGCCCACAUUGUCGACAGUUCAUCACCACAGAGAUUGUCACUUCAGUAGGCAAUGUGGCCUGUCUGGUCUGUGUCACAAUGUCUAUACUUGGCUGUGUGGCUGGUUGCUGCCUUAUCCCUUUCUGCAUUGAUAACUUCAAAGAUGUCACGCAUAGAUGUCCUAAGUGUCGAAGUUCAAUACUCACCAUCAAAAAGCUCUGAAGUAAGGGCCCACAUGUACAUAGAGACUAAUAAACAGGUCUCAGACUGGGCAUGGAGAUCUCCCCUUGUGAUGAUGAGACAUCUACCAUGAAUCUGAGGUGACCCAUUUGGGAUCCAGUAGACACCCUGUCCCAUCAUGCAGGUACAAGACAGCAGUGGAUGAAGAGGACAUGGACAAUGAAUGUUGAAUGGACCCAAGCCAUAGUGAAACAUGUUCUGCUGAGUGAGAAGUGAUCAUAAAUUCCCAACAACUGUACUGAGGUCAGUGUCACUCCCAUCAUUCCUGUGAUGACGAUGUAGUCAUACUGUGAGAACUGUGGCUGCAUCCUGUACAUUUGAAGUUAGUGUGUAUGGCAUUGUUCUUGGAAUAAAAUGUCUUCAUCAAUGCAAUUUAUUAGAGAAACUAAUAAAUAAAAUGUUAAUAAGCCUGUGUGAAUUGUAAAACAUCAGAGGAAAAUAGUGUUUCAAGGUCUGUGAACUCUAAAGCUGCAUGUGACUUAUCCAAGCCUAGUGGUGGCUGUGUUAGGGUUUGGAACUCCUUGAUAAACAAAAAGUCACAUGAUAUGGUUGUUUUAUUUACUAAACACAGCUGAAUGAUUUUCACACACAAUGUACAUGACCAUUUUUAUUGACACAAAAAGGCUAUAUAUAUACAUUAUGGGUAUACAGUAAUACGCAUACUGUAUACACCAAACAGUCUUAAUACAAAAGAGCUUAGAUGUGCUACAUUUGUAUAAAAUGUACGAAAAGAGCUAAUGUGCUACAUUUGUAAAAAAUAAAAUAAAAUGCAUGACAAAAUAUAUACACAAUGUGCAAAAUGUAUGGCAUACUAACUAUGUAUCAAUACACCAUUGCAAGGGAAGGGGCUAUACUAGUAUAGUACAAAUAAAAUGACUUCUGAUUCCA